AUGGCACCAGUAACACCAAUCUCAAACACCCUCUCGGCCCUCGCCGCAGACCUUACACCAACAAGAACCCUCCCCUCCUCCAUCCGGGACAUCUUCGUCCGCCAAGUUGUCACAACAAUCACAUCAACCCCCGAAACGACAGAAGAGUCCGCCUCCAACAACAACCUCAGCGGGGGCGCCAUCGCCGGCAUCGUCAUCGGCUCCAUCGUCGGCUUCCUUCUCCUGCUGUGGAUCGUCAAGUCGUGCGGCAUGUGGAGCCGGCCCAACGACUGGUCCGAAAAGGACGAGUACGCCGAACGCAGCCGCCGGUACCGUGGCCGAUCACCCGGGGAGCGGCACCGCAGGCGCAACCAGCACCGGUACCACCACGAGACCUCGAGGCACAGCCAUAGUCGUCGUCCUUCAUACGUGGUUGACGAAGUCCGGUACACGCAGCCUGUUGUCGUGGAUAAGAGGAGGAGGGCGAGCGGGUCGCCUUUGCCGCCUGCGAAUGUGUAUCGCAGCAGUCGCAGCAGGACAAGGUACUAG